CUGAUCACGCUUCUUGUGAACAGCGAUGGCUUCUACAAGAUGAGCAGACUCUAUAUGACACCAGACAGUUAUUUCUUCAAAGUGAACAUCUUAGUGUUGGACACAUACAGAUGCACCAAGCCAUGCCCAGACAUAAAACUUGGCAGUAGGUACAUAAUCAUGGGUCAAAUUUAUCACCGACGUCGACACCUUUCCAACGACCUUUUGGGUAUCGUCGGAGGAAAACUCAAGCCUGGAGACGGCCUCCUCCGUAGCAACAACUACGUAAAGAGGUAUAACAAGAGAAGACACCAGAAGGCUCAAGAGGCCACACGUUCAAAGUGUAGGUGA